GCGCCCCCCCCUCUUUCUCCUUCUCUACUGCCCAGCCGGCCAUGGCGCCGCCGGCGAGCGACGCCGGGCGGCCUGCCUGCCUCUCGUCUCUCUCUCAAAAUCUCCAUCCAACCGUCCCCUAUCUCGCGGCUCCUCCCUCUCUCUCGGCCUCACUCUCGGUUUCUCUCUCUCUCUCUUCUACUCCGCCGGGUUCAGCCACGGCGCCGCCGGCGAGGACGCCGACGCGUUUCCUCUCUCUCUCAGUCUCGCUUUCUCUCGGUCUCGCCUCAGCCGCCUUGGCGUUGCCGGCGAGCGACGCCGGACGCCGGUCGUGUCUGCCUCCUCCUCUCCUCGUCGCCCGUUCACCGCCGACCUCCGCCGUCCAGGCGCCGAUUCGCCGAGUGAGGGGAGAAGGGUGUAGCGGGGUUUCUUUCGGGGUAGCUGCGGCGUCGUGGGUGGCUGCCGGAGGCAGCAGCGAUGGCGGUGGCUGCUGGGGACAGCAGCGGGGCGACUGGCUGCCGGAGACAGCAGCGGGGCGGCGGUGGCUGCUCCGAGGGCAGCGAGGCGGGGGUGGCUGUUUUCGGUGGCUCGGUGUUUUCAUGAACUCUAAAGAGCUAAGUCCACAUUUUCAUCUUAUGCUCGAUAUUAACUUCGAUAAGAGAGUUCGUGGUUUCAAGAAUGACAACAUGUUUUGGUGUUCAAGUCUAUAGGUUUAAACAUAUGAUAGCUAAGUUAUUGUUUGAACCAAAGGAAUUUAGGUAUGUGCAUAGAUAGUCUUAUGUUCAAGGUACCUAGUUCUUGAUUUAAAAAAAAAAUGAGCAAUGUUUGGUCUAUUGAUAUUGGUAUGAGAAGGGAAUGUUUGAAUGAAUCGCUAUCAUGGUGUGAUCGAAUUUAAUCAAUUGUGAUGUAAAGUCUAGAGAAUUUAACAUGGUGAAAGAAAGUUACCUUGAAGAAGUGGAGGUGGUGACAAGAGACUUUAUUUCCUUUGCUUGAAACUUUCCAAAUCCUCACUUGAAUGAAAUUUGGUGGUGUAGUGUUUCUUUGUAGUGGAAUAAAAGAUUUCAAGGAUGAGAUGAGUGUAGUAUUUAUAGAAGAAUUGAUGCAUAGGAAGAACAUGGGUAAAAGCUUGAUUCAUGGAGGAAUUAUAUUGCCCAAUGGUUAGGGACUUUUUGCCAAAUAAGGUAAGUUGUCACUUCAAUCAUUUGUCAUGCCAAAAAUGGCAAGAAUAUUAUGUCACGUCUCUCAAAAAGGCGUGAGCCGUCAAUUGGAAAACGUGAGCCGCCGUUUGGUUUGCGUGUUUGAUGUGAUUUGAUUUCGUCCGAUUGUCUCGUCUUGAUUUAACGUGCUUCUUAUCCAUUCGUGUAGGUAUCGGGGUUCAAGACGUGGCUAUUGCGCAAGAUCCGGAGGGCAUGGAGAGUAUUUUAUUUUUUUAUAAAUAUUUACUUAAACGUUGAACUCGUGUACGGACUUUUAUUUGAAACUCGGUCUUCACAAACGGACUUUUAUU